AUGUUUAUAGACCUCCUCACCGGUCGCGAUGCCCCGGCCCCGUCAAAUGACAUUAUCUGGGCGUGGCUGGUCACCCGCCCUCCGAAAGCCGGCGAAGCGAUGAAUCUGCGGGGGCGUGACAAGGUCACUGGUUUUAAUUCGACCGCGCGCUCCCCUCGGCUCUUCAAAAACCAGGAACUGGUGAAUCGCGGCCGCUUGGCCGCGUUUGAGCGGACCCUGUGCGCCGUUGAUGAGGGGUCGUCCGCAUUCCGAAUGACAUCCCCACACACGUCCCUCGGAGGCGCUUGA